AUGGAUCAAAGAGAAGGCGAUACUGUUAACAACCCUCAGCACUUUAUGGCAAUCAUGCAGGUAUUGGGUGAAGCAUUUUUACAACCUGACAUAUCACUGUUUAAGCAAAGUUUAGAAAUUUUGGAUAAUCUGAAUAAGAAAUGUAAAUUAUACGAAAAGAUGAUAUCAAAAUGUGAAAUGUUAACUUCACAUCAAAGAGAAAGAUUACAAGAGAAUCUUGGCAAUAAUACGGAUCUUCCGACUUUCGUUCAAAGUUUAACAAUGAUCGUUAGUGAUUUAAGAUACUAUCAACUAUGUAAUAAUUCUCUACCGCCUGGUGUAAUCUCCUUUGACUAA